AUGGGCACCAUCAUUCGUGCUGGGCAACGUCUUCCAUUCGAAAAACCUGUACAGUUCAUCGUAUUAAGCAAUAAAAUAAAAAUGGCCUCUUCUGGUGGCUCAGAAUCAAAGGACAUUAUCAUCUGUAUUAACUGCCGACAGCGAAUACAACAUCGACUACAUGUGAAGUGCUGCGAAUGUCCUGCCAUGAUAUGUAUAGAUUGUUUUUCGUGUGGUUGUGAAGCGGGCCGUCAUUUUCGUGGCCAUAAUUAUGAAAUCCGUGAUCCUCUUGGUGGUCGAAUCUUUGAUGCGAAAGGUAGCUGGGGAGCUAUUGAAGAGCGAAAACUUCUUGAAGCAGCGUACAGGUUCAAACUUGGAAAUUGGGGAGAAGUCACUCGUAUGAUGGAGACGAAUCGUCCCGUAAGUCAAGUAAAAGAGUAUUAUGACCGAUUUUUCAUUCGUGGUCCAAUCGGUCAGCUUGCUCUUAAACUUUUGAAUUGGGAAGAAGCUAAGAGGACUAUGAUUGCUGAUGGUUCCCUAAGAUACCAGUGCGAGGCUGAUCGUAUCACUUACAUGUUGUUGAUUGUGGACGCUCUUAAAGAAGGUAAGGAGAGGCUGGAUCCUAACGAUGAUAAUCUUACAACCGUGGUUGAGAAAAUCGUGCGGGACUAUGUGAAUCGUUUGGAUGUAGAUGCUCGUCAGCAACCCCAAUGUGGCAAGGAAUGUGAGCCAUCGGAUAUCAACGAUGUGGCGCUGACCGACGAUUCAUGUGACCCGUCCGAUGGUGAAAUGGAUAGAAAUAAGCCCCCGGAGGAUGCAUAUUCGACCGGACUGGAGCCAGAGAAUGACAGCGACGAAGACGACUCAAACACGAUAUCAUUUUCACGAACAGUUAAAGUGAAAAGAAUCAGAUGUGGUCUUCGAAAGGCAGCUCUAGAAAAGAAUGGUAAAACAUCGCGCUAUCGAAGAGUGCAAGCUUACAGUUCUUCAACUGACGAUGACUGUGGGAGUGGAGAAGAUGGAGAGGCUGUGGAGACAGAUCAGACGUCAGUAGAGGAGGUUCAGGAUUCCAUGCAUGGUUUAGAGAGAGAGGACACAACGGACGAAUAUACUGCUUCGGACUCUGAGGAACCGAAAGCGGAAUUUGUUCAACUAUCCUCUAAUACGACUGGUUCAGUAAGAAGAAGAAAAAGGGCAAGGCUGGCGUCCAAGAAAGCCCGUCGUCUGAAAGAGAUUCAAAAGCGUAUGGCUCGAAUGACUAAGGUCGCUGAAAGACGACUGAGUGAGUUAGCCGAACUUUGUUCGGCUGAAAAGGUUCAAGAAUUGCGUGCUUCCAAACCAGAACUCGCACUGUAUUCCAAUGAUUACUCAGCUAGGCCUAAAGUGCGGCAAAGCGACAUGGAUAUGCUAGCAUAUAACCCGUGCAGAAGUGAUUUUGAAUGGGAAUGGUGCAACGAAGCCGAGAAUUUAAUCAGUCGUAUGAUGAUUGAAGAGUCGUCCGACAGAGUGGAGGAAUUUGAAAACGAUAUAAAAUACAAUCGUAUUCUCAAAAUUCGGAAGGCCUAUCGUCGUGCUAUAGUAGAGCAUGACAAAAUUCCGGAAUUCUUCAAAUUCAUGAUGAAUAUGACUAUGGAAAAGCGCAAGGCCAGUCAGAUCUUUUCUCAACGUACAGCUCUAGAAAAACUGACGGUUCGUGCCCAGCAAUGCUUGACUAAGAAGGAACUAGAAGAUCUACGGGGCCACAUUGAGCGAUCAAGUGAGCUGUUGGAAAGAAUUGCUAAACUCCAAGAGCUGCAGCGCAACGGUAUAUGUUCCUUGAAAGAAGCCGUAUUCCUGGUGAACGUUCUGUGCUGGACUCGAAUUCUUAUGGACUCGCUGGCGUCGUUACUGUUUAUUAGUACGAUGAUUGAACUGUAUUUCCUUUUUGCGUUCUCGUCAUUGCUGUUUCUAAAAAGGAAAUUACGUUGCUAUUGCUGGAGAAAUAUUCAUUUGAAGAUGAAGCAUAUACCGUGUUCUCUGGAAGGCAAAGUACAGAACGAUCUGUACGUGGAAGAAGUAGUCGUCGAUGGACCUCAAGAAUCAUCGCUUCUAAAACUGGUUUUUCACAAACCUUGUUCUCGUCGUCAUCGGGCACUGAAGUCUUUUAAACUUUGUGAAUCUGUAUUCACACAUAAUACUGGUGAUCCUGCUGAAGCAUCCCAAGGAUCGACAACGAGCACUUCAUCGUCAGCACAUGAUGGAAAUUAUCCUGUGAUUGUUGAAGCUGUGCUUUCUGCUAAUACUGUGGAAGAUAUUGCAGAUACACAUCCUGACUUCGCUCGUUUAUUAAUUGAUUGUUAUUCAGCUGGAUGCGAUCUGGAGGAGUACAAAAGGGAGUUUCAACGUUUGAAAAACUUACGGAUUAAACGUCAAGGAGGAGUUAAUCAGACGCUCAGUUUCUCACUUUUCCCAUCUGUACCAUCUGACUUACCCAGUCAUUUGUUUGUGCGUUUGCUAAAAUUUCACUCUUUAUAUGAAGGUGCUUGUAGAAAGUACAUAACUGAUGUCGUGAAUAGAAGAGCAGAAGCACCGGCUGGGUUUCCGUUCAACCUUGCGAGAGUUGGGAUUCAUGAUCUUAUUCAAGGAGACGUUACAAGCGAAUAUUUUGCUCCAACUACGGCAAAUCAGUCUGUUGUUGGUCCAUAUCACGAACAAGAUUUCCAAUUCGCCCAACCAUUUGCUACAUCACAAGUGGGAAUGACUAGUGAAGUGAACUAUUCUCCUGCUUUCAAUAACUCGACACUUGCACGAGUUUCAGUUACUACAUCUUCGAACGUUGGUGCUCAUUUGAGCAAUAACGAGACUAGUUGUACACCAAGUAUGCAAAGGACGACUUCCAUGGAUCCAUAUACGCAAGGAGAUGGGUUAAAUCUCUCGGAAGGAGCAAUUCCAGCAACACCAUUUGCAGAGCGAAGACUAGUAGCGACAUCUUUACCAAGCUGGUCUCAACAGGAACCCAUCUUAUCAGUACCACGAUCACAGAUGGCCACUCCACUUCCACCUCUAGAAAUUCGGCAGUGUCCUAUAUCUGAGUUAACAAGGGAUACUCGUGUGGAGAGUCAAACAAUGCAGACACCGGUCCACUAUAUGCAGGCGAGGCAGUUUUCAACACCGAUUCCCCAAGUGGAGAUCCGACAGUCGUAUUCUAUCGCGCCUACAAUGCAAACCCAUCAGUACCAUCCGGUUUCUACUUCUGGAAUGCACGGUAACGUGUGUGAAGAUAGCCAACGCGUCAUGACAGCAACACCCAUGCAUGGAAAUGCUGACACAUCAUUACAAAACCAGGUGACACCAUUCGCUACUCCUACGAGGAAACCACGAACACGUCGCAAAGCACCGAUGGCUCCAUCAACAAAUCAAAUCCAACCGCAGCAGUCGAUGACUCUCCAAAGUCGCCAAAUGAGUGCCACACCUAUUCCGGGAUGGCAUGGACAUCAAGCAAACAAGUCUGUUAGAGGUGUGCAAGCCCAUUCAACCCUUGUACAGAACAAGAAUGUAAUAACGUCUUCAGUAACAACGAUGCAGCAACAGUUGGCAGCGUCGGCCCAGGAUCACCGCGAGGUAAUGGACUCAAACGCAAUUCCAAUGUCCACGUGGUUGCCCCAGCAAGUGAGAUCAAGUAAUGCUCAAGGUGAAGGUGGUCCUCUAGUGUCUUCGCUACCUCCACUUUCCCAAUUCACAGCACCACAACCACAACAGUGUCAAAUGAAAAUUCCGUAUCCUUCGAUGCAGAAUCGUCAGCUUGUAACACUACACCACGGGCAACCUGGAGACGUAGCAACUGCUCAUCAUUAUGAACAGUCACCCCACGUUUAUUCGCAAUCGGGUGAAAUGGUAGCGACGGUCCCAUUUGCGCAAAGUGGUCUGACCAGCGUUACUUAUGGCCAACACCAGGAUUUAUCAUCACAAAUGGGUUCCUCUGCUGCUGAAAUGUAUCAGUCACAAGGAGUUUCAUAUCAGUGGCCGACAGUAGCUUCCGCGAAUGUGUAUCGUCAGCAACCGCAGUUUGUACAGCAGUCACCUUAUGGACAGCAAUCGCAAUUCGAUCAGCGUAUGAUUGCUGAGAAUCAGCCACAUGUUGCGUUUGUUGGGAACCAUUCCGCACAAUAUCCCACACAAGGUGUGCAUUCACAGCAGUCCCAGUAUCUGCAAACGGCAGAGAUUCAGAAAGUGUCGGCAUUCUCUCAACCAUUCAGCUAUAUGCAGCAAUCGUAUCCAGCUUCGACCGUUUUUCAACAACAAUCACCUUAUUCACAAAGCUCGAAUUUUUCCCAUACUUGUUCACAAAGGUCACCGCGCACACGGCAGCAAGCGGAUCAACAACAGCAGCAGCAUUAUCACCAGCAGCAUAUGCAACAGCAACAUAUUCAACGGCAAAUUUACGAAAGCCCUGCUCAGUACGGUGAUCAAUACAGCCACAUGGUUUCAAGUUACAGUGCACAGCCCGCAUGUGGUCUUCAAACCACUCAGCAUGUUGGAAUACAAGGUCAACAAAUGUCUACGAGUUGCGAGGUUGCAAAUGUUGGUGUUUCACAACAUGCUUCAGAAAUCUCGUCAAAUAAACAGCAAGAAACGCCCAGUUUUCCUUCUGGACUCAUGGACAUGAGUGGGUCUUCGUCUUCUGGUGUUAUUAUUGAUAUGCUUCAGAAUCAUGAAGCAUUGACGUCGAACGAAGCAUUGGAGGCAAACCUUGACCAGCAUGCCACUAGAUACUCAGAUAUGGUUUCGUCGUCAAUUUCUGGGGCGGUUUUAAUCGAGCCAAUGAUGGACGGAGAGCUGAGAACCUUUGAUAUUACGCAGUGUCCUCCUCCUCCACGAAACGACUCAGAAGCUACAGUGCCCGCUCGUAUAUCGCCUAACUCGUGCUCGCCAGGAAUGAUGGUAGCUGACGAUGAGUCCAGUUCUUUGAUUCCAACGUUUUUCUAUCCGAAGGACUUUUCUCAAAACGAUAUCUCUGAAAUAGAUAUUCAAGGGUCACCGGUUGAAAAAGGACUGAAUUGCCAGCAUUUUCGAUUUGAUAUUAUUUUGGCCAUGAAACAUCACAGGAUCGAGAAAGAAGACUAUGAACGAACACUAUUUGAGUUGGAUCAGAUGGAAAAGGAAAAAUGUGCAGGUCCGCUAGGUGAUUUACUUAUGAAAAGACUUGGAUUAAAGCGACAAGUGCAGCAGAGUCAUGGAGAAAAGUUCAGUGUGGAUGAACUGGUUGCAGCAUUCGCGGCUAACGCGAGGAUCCGUGAAUCGAAUACUAAGUUAUCAGAGCGUAGAGAAAGUUCCGAAUUGUUUACUGAAUUUCUCGAGGACAUAACUCCAGUACCAUCAAAUGCUUCCUCGAAUUUCGCUGUGAAACGAGACUCUAUUUUAUAUCACCAAGUGCCUAGUUCUUCGACCCCAGGGUCAGAUGCUUUGCGCUCUGUAGAUGCAACGGCCGAUCUGGGUUAUCUCCUUUCGGACGAUGUUAUUGCUGAAUUCAAUUCGUUGACUCCUACCACUCUGUCAGCUCAGAAGUCGCUGCUAGUUCCUGCACCGGAACCACUUUUUAAUGUCGAUCAACCAUCGAUGUGCAUGUCUCCUUUAAAGGACCCUACGUGCGAUGAAGCACCAAUAUUCGCUGAUAUGAGUUACGAAUCCAAUUCUGGUCCAAUUUCAGAGAAGACGUUAACUGAAACUGCUUUCUUAGCCAAUGACUCGCAUGCUGUUUUCUCUGUUUCGUUGAUUGGUACUUCGUUUUCAUGUGGGCAGCCAGCUGCACCAGCUAAAAAUCGUUCGAGUCCAGCCACCGAUCUUAGUGGCCAACCUAGCGUCUCGAUUUCUCAAACCAGUACUUUGCCGUCGUCUGAAUUUUGUCGAACAACUGCGCUAUCAUCCGAGUGCACGUCACCGAAAUUGAACACUAUUACCGAAUUAAUGGUUUCAACGAAGUCUUCUCCUGAAUGUGAUCAGAUUUCGAGAACAACGUUUUCUUUCGGUGCUCCUGCACAACCGGCUCGUCGUUUGGACGCAUUUUCUAGUGACAACCUUGAAAAGGUCUCUCCACUAGUGAUCAGUCCUGAACCACUAUCAGAUGAGGCAGAAUGGUGGAGAAGAGACGACCUCACACCGCCUAUGUUGGAUGGAUUGAACCAAGUGGUCUCUGAAACUUCUGAACCCUUACCUAUGGCACAACAAUCGCCGGGAAAUUCUAAAUGUUGCACUAGCCAUGAAGGCGAUCAUGUUGGCAAUGAUGCUAUUGGUAGCGGAGGCAAGGAUGAUGGGGGUGGUGAUAAACAUGAUGAUGGUGAUGAUGACGAUGAUAUUAAUGAUGCUGGUGAUGUAAGUAACAUUAAUGUUGUUGCUGCUGAAGGUGUUAAUAGCGACAAUGAUGAUGAUGAUGCUGAGAAUGACAAUUCUCAUGACGGAAAUAGAAUGGAUUCUUUUGAGACACUCGAUUUUUUAAAACAUUGUGCGAAAAUGGAUUCGGGUACAAGCGUAUCUGCAAAGCAGUUGCGUUCACCAGUAAGAAAGAGUUCCGGAAAAGAUUUGGAGACGCCAGAUUCGCCUCUUCCUCAACGGUCGGUGUGUCCGAAAUAUUCUAAUGUUGAAGCGUUGCAAAGAAUUUCAAAUAAAUCAACAUCCGAACAUGUGAAGAAACCUGUCAAAAAGACGAACAAGUUACUGUUUGUUUCCGACUCUUCCGAUGAAACAUCUAAAGAAGGUUGUUCCACGCUAUCUGGUUCACAUCAUUCUGCUUCCUAUCCAGACGUUUCUCUUGUUGUGUCAAAAAAAUCAAGAUCUCCAUCUACUCGUCAUGCGACGUUUCGUCGUUGUGCAAAAAAGAAGAAGAAGAAAUCACCAAUGGCUCUAAAAGUGUCCAAAGAGACACCUCGGAAAUCCGUUCUUUCGAAAGUUGAACUGUCUCGCGAGAGGCUGGCAAAGCAAAUUGCUGAAAUAAUUGAAGAGGAACGAAAUAAACUUUCACCUGAAGAAUCUAGACUGCCGAGAAGGCAAUUAUCUCCGGCUACACUCAACAUUGUCAUACAGGAUCUUAUGCAGCACCACAUAUCGGAAGACACAAGUCCAAAUCGAGAUUUGUUUGCCUCUAAAUUGCUUGGAAAAGACGUAUUUUCGAAGUUGUUCUGUCGUGCUGGGAAGUGUGUAUUUCGCCAUUAUGAAGAACUAGACGAAUUUAGAAGGAAAGAGAAAGGGAAAGGCCGAAGGAAAGGAGGAACUUCGCGGAAAAGGGAUACAGAACUACUAAGAGGAAUAAGGAAAUCCCGUGAAAUUCAGAAGUACAGAGAUGCUGUAAGAGCUGCCAAAGAACCUUCAGAGGCCGAGAAGGCGGCAGCUGCAGAAAAAGCCAAGUUGGAGGCAAUGCCAUGGUUAGCGCGGUCAACUUUCAAGCCUGAUGUUCAGCAGGGUUCCUCGACAAGGUUUGUUAUCCCGAAAAAAUCCAACACAACGACUAGUGGUCCUCAAAAGAGUGGCUGUUCUUCAGGCAGUACAGCUGAAAGUAACCAUGGGAGCGUAGUUCCCCAUAAUGUAUCCGAUAUGAAAAUUGGUCACCAAAGACAUCAGGAAGGAGCGGUCGGGCAUAAAGCUUCUUCUACUAGCGAGAAAGGUCUUAAAAAGGUCCGUUUACCACCAUUUCAUGCCGCGCACAAGAGUUGCACCAGACUUCACCAUAGGGAAUCUAUUCCGAAACUCGGUGCUGAGGCAAACGUAAGAAAGAUAGAAGAGAUUUCUACAUCUUCUUUCUUUGGGGCACCGAAAUUCUCGUUAUGUAGGGCUCGUGUUAAGUACACGUGGCCACUGAAGAGAUGUAGGUCAACGUCUGCGGUCAUAGAAGAACCACUUGAAAUGAAUUUGGAUCGAAUAAUGGAAGAGCAAGCAAUUGAAGAAUUUGCACAUUCAGAUGUUUCGUUUGGCUUGGAAAUGAAUAGCUUUUCUGGUGUCAGUUUUGGAGAACCAUCCCCAACGGUUUUGGUUUUGGAGACACUUCCAACGACGUCGUGUAUUCCGGAGAGAGAAUCGCCACUAGCAGCACUCGCUUUGCAAGAAGAAUUGUCGAGAAGCGAAAUGGGUUUUCCAGAUGAUCAGUUCGAUGGUUUAAGUUAUCUUGCUGGUAUGCCUGAAUCGGAAUUUUCUAUAAAAGGUGAAAGUUCUGGCUCAGUUUCAUCGAUCUGCUUGCAAAAUGUGAUUUUAAAAUCCAGCCAACAAUCAGCGGAUGAAAUGAUUUUAAAAUCCAGCCAACAAUCAGCGGAUGAAACUGAGGUGCAGCCGACAUCGAAUACAUCAGAAGAAAAUCGAGUCGAUCAGUUUGAGCAGGUGGAUUGGAUGAGAACGGACCAUGGUUCGCAGACAUUUUUCUCCUCCGAUUUUGAUGUGGAGCCAUGGCAUCUUUCACCUUCCUUGGUUUCAUUAACUCAUAAAUAUCCACCGCAAAACAUACAUGUUGCUACUACUGCCUCCAAUGUUGCAUCAUUAUAUUCAAGUCUUCAAGAAGAACUAGAUAGUAUUGUUCGGGAUACUCUCGGAGAAGCGCUGUGUUCACCUGGACCUAUGGAGUAUCUCUUACCUACUGCUCUAGGAUUAGAGAGGUUUGAUUGGCCAAAAGCAGAUGUAUCUUUCCGAAGCUACGCUCUUGAUAUUGUCUUACCGAAACUUUCGUGUGAUAAAGCAAGGAUACCAAUUUUGGAUCUUUGUUGCUGUGAACGUUGCUUGACGAGAUGUGUAUAUUAUUGCGAUGACGAUGAAUGGAAGUAUCUUUACGACUGUGCGGUGUCUCGUCGCAAGGGAGUGGAUAGCUGGCAACUUGCCUCACAUCCUCUUUCCCCACUUCCUCAUCAAGUGUGUUCAACAGAUUGCAGUCUCUGUAGAAAAUCGGAAACCGGAUGCGUCAGUUUCACGUGGUACGAGCAUGCAUUUCCGUUUCAGGACUACAGUUUGAGUCUUGUUAGAACUUUUCCAAAAUUCUAUGAAUUCAUGAGAAAACCGGCUUAUGAAGUUGCAAGAGUCUGUUGUCCGGUUUAUCAUCGCAUAUUGGAAACUGAUGAAUUUACGAGAAUUUUUGCUCACGAGGACUCGUGUAGCUUAAAUCGACAGACAUCUGUGAAAAAUGCCUCCGUAGUGUGGGCUCAGUUUCAGUCUACGUGCGUUCAGGACAGUAUUUCUACGUUUCUUUCCCCAAAGCAUAUUGUUCUUGAAGCGCAAAGCUGUGCAGCGAAUACUGAAACUAUGCAACCUAUCUAUCAAAAACUGUUUGCAAAAUAUUCCAUGACUAUUAGUUCUGUUAUGAACAUGAACCUUCACUGUAUCGGUCCUUCCAUUGAAUGCCUAGUUUGCAUUCCUGUUCCGAAAACGGAAGUUUUCUGUACGAACAUCGUUGAGGCUGAAUUAUUAUAUAUUCGAGACGAUAGCGUCUUGACCACAAAAUCCAUUAUCAAUAUUCCACGCACCUCGUUUGCUUUUUUGUCAAUUUGUUCAUCAAGUGCUGCGUUCGGCACUCCACGAUGGAUUCUUGAUAAUUCAAAUUGUUACACCGAAAUAGCCCUUCCGCAUGCUCUGCUUGAUGCUAGAACACUGAGCGUUUGUCAUUUCAAUGUUGGUAUGGAAUGGCCGAACUCGUUUUCGUCAACCAUAUGCGCAUUACCUAUUCAUCGUUUGGAUUCAACAUCACUGACGUGUCAUCAUCAAAGUGAGACCCUUCUACGGACCGGCUAUUCGUUUAAUACACAGAUAUCUCUUGCUCUGCUUGUCUUUGACUUUACCUUCUACCAGCAUUGUAAUAUAAGAGUCCGACGCAAGCGAGAGGGGGUAUCAGCAUGCACCUUUCUUACUCUACCUGUCUGUGAUCUGGAAACGUCCUUUCUAAGUGCCAGCGAAGUAAAAGUUGAAAGGAAAGGAAGAGAAUUUGGAGCAAUUGCCGAAAUUUCUGUACCACAACCACGAGAAGAAUUUUCUUUCUUAAAUGUUUAUGAAUUAAAUAUUGAACGGUAUCAUCAAGGAUUUGCGGAUAGUGUUACUGGAUUACUCCCUUUGCCACGAAGAGAAUAUACGAUGCUCACUUUUCUCAAGUUAAACGUUAGGCGAAAGAAAAUGGGAUUUUCUGGGGCCACUCAAACUUUGGUAUAUAUUCCUCGGGCGGAAUUUUCUGUGUUGAGUGUAACUAGAGUUGAUGUUCACCAUACGCGAGAAACUAACAUUGGAACUUCAAAUCGGGUGAUCUCAAUUUCAAGAGAUGAUACGGUCGUACUUAAAUCUUUCGAGAUGAACAUAAAACGGCGAAAGAGACCUGUUUCAUGUAACUACAAGUAUUAUGCUGCAGUUCCUCGUCAGGAUAGUGCGAAACUGAACUGCUAUCACCUUCCUGUACGGUUUUGCCGACUUGAUGAUCGUAGUCACUUGGAAUAUAUUUGCCCUAUCCCACGUGUUUAUAAAACAGUUUAUUCAGUGAUUGCACAAAGUUUUGAUUUCAUUAGUCAAGAAGUUUCAUUGUUCGAUACUUGUAAAUCAAUAGAUACUUCUGCAGAGGAAAGUACAUUAGCUCAUAUUCUUGUGGUCAGUGUUCAUCGCUGUCGUAAAGAACAGUCGCUAUUUAUUCGUCACAUUGAGCCUUAUUCUGAGAUGGGUUCUUAUAAGUUGACAUCUUUGAUGAGGGAAGAGUCAUUCAGCAAGUAUUUAAAUUCAGAUGGCGUUCACAAAAAUUCCAAAAUUAAUUUGUCUACUCCUCGAAAAUCUGUGGAAAUACUGCGAUUGUCUACUGUCAGAAUGUCUCGAAAGAGGAGGUAUGAGGAGGAGGCUUUCGUGUAUGUAAAAAGACUCGCACUUGAAGAUCGGGCCGAUCUUUUUCUCACUGAAAAAAAUUUCUGUGGCAACUUCAACCGUACUACAGAGGUAGUGUUUGUCAAGGAUCCGAGACAUCCCGUCAAAUGUAAAAAUUCAUUUAUGGAACUUUCGAUGCGAUGGAGAAAUUUCGCCCAUCGUCAUAUGCCUCAUCUUGUUUUCUCGUCAUACAUGGUGACUCAGUUUGCUCUUUUGCUUCAGCGAGUAUUUACCGGUGCUAUAGAUCGUUGUACGAUUUCAAUGAAGGAACUAAGCUGUCUUAUUUCAAACUCAGAUGGUCGGUACAAUCUUGAUAUCUUCACUAAUUCGGAAAGAGUGGUAAUAUCCGACCCCGCCUCGUCAGGCCUAAUUUGGGACCGCCUAAUGAAGCUACGUUUGCAGCGCAAGUCAAGUGAGCUGCUGAAUAGGAAAUCAUUGGCUCAUUUAUACAUAUUUCUUGGGAAACCGAAUUUACCACGAAUUGGAAGGCCAUGGAGGAGGUGGCUGAAACCACUUGAAAUAAUUUCAGAUUCAAGGAUUGGAUGUCAACUUGCUCUAUGCAUGCGAGUUCCAGAUCUAAUAGGUGUAGAUGACAUGGACGCCAAGUUGCAAGCGAUAAAAAUGUGGUGGACUUUAAUGAUGCUGCGGGGUACUGUUCCUUGGUCCCUCUACCCUUGUUUCUCUCGACGACAGCUCUUCGUUUUAGUUCGACUUCUCGAAGCACUUGAAAAUGUAGAGCGACCUCCAUUUUGUCUCUAUCCUCCAAAAUUAUUUUUCAAAGCCGUAAAAAAAAUUUUGUCUCAUCCACGCUUGAACCUUAUCCCUAAGGAUGUGUAUCAUCCCGAUAUAACGACGAUGGCUACUUUACUAAAGAUGAAACGAAAUCGAGUUUUUCAUGUGGAUCGUUCUUUACCCGAAUUGCUCUCUCAUUGGAUGGAUGACAUGAAUAAAAUCGACGCCUAUUUAGCUGACGAUGUAACUAUCAGUGCUAUAUGUCCAUCUAAGUUCCUUACGCAGUCCGAAUGGGCUUGGAAAAAUUAUAACCAAGGUUGUGUUCCCGAAUGGAUCGAGUAUAAUCGAAGUAUCAGUGUGGAAAAAACGAUUGACAAACUAACGGAAUGUCUUGUCGAUGAUUCAUUGCCUUUAGAACAACGGAAAAGGAUUUCUGUAUUAAGAACUGCAUUAGGCGCGUGGUCCAAGUAUGACAAUGGGCCGUCAAUCGAUCAGAUACCGGUGGACAUUAUCAAUCCAUUUGCAUUAUCCCCUUCAUUAAUUGCUAUGCUACCAAUGCCCAAAGAGUUCGUUGAUGAAUGCUUCGUGUUUCUUGAAAAGGUUUCGAAAAAGUCAGGCCGACUGUGCCAAAAUCCUAUAAAAAGAAGCAUAAAAAGCUCACUAAGUUGGAGCUGGAGACCAAGCGAAAGGCUGGCCUGCGCUGGGAAGCCUACAAACGCUGGCAUAAAGGCCAGUGGCAAAACGACGAUUAGCACUAUUUUUGAAGAAUUUUGGAAAUGUCCCCAGGAUUUUUCUUCAAAUUCCAAUUUUAAUAAGAAUGAGAGCAUGACACAGGAACCACGCAUUGUAAAAAAAAUUAAUGCUCGUGAUGAAAGACUAGGUGCUCAAGACGGAUCAAAACAGCUUUUGUGUCUUCAAGAGAAUAAAUCGACAGUCAAAGUGAAAGACCGGCGUUCGAUAUUAUCUGAAGAGAAUGUUUCUCAUUCACAAAGGUGCAGGCGACUACGUAAGCGAAAGGAUGCAGUGGUUGAUGAAUCUCCCCCAAUCUUUGACAGUCCGCGACCGUUGAAGAAGUCAAAAUUUGAGACUAGGAAGCGUGGUCUUGUUACAAUAAGUGAUGAGGAAGGACCGUCUUCAGCCAAACAUUCAAUGAAAAAAUGUGCAAUACUAGCAGCACAAGGGUCAGACGCACCGCUACUACCUCGAUCCACGAAGCGUCGUAGAGGUACCGAAUUUCGAGAUUCGGAUAGUCGCACAGGAAUUGCUGUUUCUUCCCAUUCUUCCAUGCCACGAGUUGUUAAGAAAUCUCGUCCUGCUACUAUUUUUGACGUGACGAAUUUCGAAUGGGUUCUAGAGAUGUCACUUCGACGUCCUCGAGCAUUUGUUGGACUUUAUAAAACAAUGAAGUACCAACACAGAAUUCUCGAAAAACGGCGAUGGGUAGAAAAAAAUCGAAAGUUAUACGACAAAGCGCAAUUCACUAAGUUCCUACGCGAGAGUUGUCAUUCUGAAGUGGAAAUGCUGCAGAAGACGAGACUUUUGAAGGCCGAAAAAGAUAUGGAACGUGUUUUAGGAGUGAGUCGCCUGGAUGCUGAAAAGACUGUAAAAUUUGCCAUCAAGGAUCUUGCUUACUGGUAUGGCAUGAAUAGCAGGUAUGCAGCACAGGCAGAAGUGCUUGCAAAUGAAGUGCUAGAAAAAGCUCGAAGAUUCGAUAUUGCAUUAGAGUUGUUAAAGAACGAGGAAGCAAAAAUGGAAGGGGAAGGUUUGGAAUCAUUCAGUGAGAAUGCUAUUGAGAAAAUUGUCUCUGCUACACUGAAUUCGGUUAUCCAAAGUAUAGAGACAGUUGCCUUUAAAGAAAUGGAGCAGUGUGAAAGAGAGUUGCUAGUCGUAGGAAAGACUUUAAUGGAUAUGAUCGAGCAAGUUGAUGAAGGAGUGUACAGGCUUGAAGAACUGUCGAUGAACGAAAUAGCCGAGACUGUUGUGCCUUCAUCUUCGAAGUGCAAUUCAGUCGCUUCUAAUGGGAUGACGUUGACUUCGAUAUGUGGAAGCAGUCACGAGGAGUGCGAUUAUAGAAAAUACUAUGAAAUUGGACAGGAUAGUAUAGGCAACAGUAUAAUCAACUUAAAAUCGAAAGAGCAGCAAAGUCUUAAGUUCUUCAACAACCCCGCUCAGCCUUUGUUUCAUAAGCAAAGUCGAUUACCACUUAGUUUUGCGUACAUUUCGAUGGUUAUCAACACAGGUGUUGUCUUGAAUUUGAACAUUCCACUCCAACCUCGAUUUAAACGCCCUCGACGAGCGGACAACGAUAUAGACUUAUUACCACCUGGGGACUUUUCACCAUAUAGUACUGAUGAGGAAUGGGAGGAUUAUUAUGAGAAGAAGGAUCGAUUCGAAAACCAUCCAUUGCCACCACAGAUGUCGUGGAGUUCAUUCCGAGUCGAUGAUUGUGACGACGACGACCGUGCUUCCGGGGUUGCUCGGCUUCGAAGUUGCAGCUGUGGUAUCGAAAAUGAACGUACUAUGCAAUGGGUAGCGAAAUUGUCUACGAUCAGUACUCGAAGGUGUUAUUCUGAGGAGUUGCUACCAUUGGAUAACCUUUGCAUCAGGCCAUCACUACAUCGGAAUCCUAUUCGUUGGAAUUCAACUCUAUCAUGCAUUUCGUUGGAACGACUUCCGAUUCUAGAACCAGCGACAUCUACUGUUAAGGCAAAAGCUGUGGUUAAUUGGCGCCGUCAGUUUUCGUUGCAACAUCAUGCAAAAUUGCCUUCAUCAUCACGUCAACGUUCAAUUUCAUUAUCUCCAUCAUGGAAACCUGAAGUUUCUUCCUUGUCGCAAAAGGAUGGGAGAGAAAGUUUGUGUGAGUCAAGGCGUGAUCGCUUAAUGUACCGAAGAGCACUAUCUUUUUGUCGUUUUCGUGUUUAUAAUACCAUAAAGUUACUGAUUCCUGGACAACGACAACGUCCAAAGACAGGUGAUCGACCGAUUCCUUCUCCUAUCCAUAGAGAAAAAGACCUACCUCAACAGUGGAUACGAAGAAGUAGUCCACAUCGGCAGGAUUUCAUCAGAAUGGUCCAAUAUAGGUUAGAAGUUCAAGGUCAGCGCAGUAUUCCAGUACUGUGGAGAUCACGACCAGAUCACUGUGAAUCACCAACGUUAUGGGCAGACAGAGAUGGUGGUAAUGAGACUCAAAUCAUUCAAGGCACACCCGUUCUUGAGCCGCGUGAGUGUCUGUUGGAAUGUCCUAUUGCUGUUUAUAAUCCUCCUCCUACGUGGAACACAAUGAUGUGGUCUCAAAGCGAGAAGCGAAGUGAUGUUGGAAGAAGUCUUAGAAACUCCUCUUCUGAACCGUCAGCCUUUCAUCGGGUGUUGGCAAGACCGCAACCAAUUGACAUCAGUACGCUGGAUGUCGAAUUAGAAACCGAUGACGAUUCGAAUGAUAAGGUUCCACAGUGGCCGUUGUUGAAGAAAUUACGUGGAAUGGAGCGGGAACUUUUAGCCGCUGGAAAUCCUGUCGCCGUCGAACGACAAAAGAUUCGGGAGUAUAAUCGUCAAAUACGUAACGAGGUGCAUGAACAAGAUGGAUUGUGCGAACAGAUGCGCCAACUGCAGCAGCUCUAUCUGGUGUAUUUCACAGCACAGCAGCUGUUAUUAGCACAGGUGUUGUCAGCGUCAUGUAUUCAAUUUACUCAGGAACAGCAAAGCAUAAUAGAAAAUAUGGAACAGCAGCAAGAACUCGACCAGCGCUGGUACUCUUUGCUUCGGGAGGAGCAACAACUUACUCGGCGUCGUACUAGAGAUGCAGUGCUGACUGACAUGCUGUUUCUGCGUCCCGAACCGUACGAAGUGACGUAUCAUAGCUUCUUUGGUUGCAACCGAUUCUUUUUAUCAAAUAUACUUGGAAUUCAAAAUGACGAUAGCAGCAGGUGUUAUGAAGUCGGUAACACGAGUGUUGUAGCUCCUGAUCUUUCACAAAUGUUAGGUCAAUCGAAAGAUCGAAUUCCGGAUGAGGAAGAGAUGUCAAUUGAAGUGAUAGAUGUAGGACCCGAGGACAAUGAUGAAGGAAUUAUGGCUGGACUCAUUGCAUUCGAAGAUUCUAAGCAUGGAGCUGAUCUAGUGCUUAAUAGUAGUGGACCCGUUGAAGAAAACACAAGUAUCACCUUUGCAAUGAAUGCUGAUCCCAAUAUCGAUACAGAACGAGAAUCUACUGUCUCGGAUGCAAGCGUUCGUCAGGUUUCUAUUUCCACUGCUUCUUCUCCGACCAUUUUAAUCAAAUCACCUGAUAAUAGAACGGCGCUUUCACCGUUGCUUGAUAGAAGAGGACGUCCUGAUGGUGAUGAUCGCUCGACUUCGCCAGAACUUUGA